UUCUAUAAUUAUUGUUAUUUCUUUCUUCAGGGUUGCUUUUGUAAUGAAGAAGCACUUAAAUACUCAUCUGCUAGGCAAACAUGGAGUUGGCACCCCCAAAGAAAGGAAAUUUACAUGCCACUUGUGCGAUAGAAGUUUCACAGAGAAGUGGGCCCUGAACAACCACAUGAAGCUGCACACGGGAGAAAAGCCAUUUAAGUGUACCUGGCCCACGUGCCAUUACUCAUUCCUCACGGCCUCCGCCAUGAAAGACCACUACAGGACGCACACAGGCGAGAAGUCGUUCCUGUGUGACCUCUGCGGCUUCGCGGGCGGCACGCGGCACGCCCUCACCAAGCACCGGCGCCAGCACACAGGAGAAAAACCUUUCAAAUGCGAUGAGUGUAACUUUGCCUCCACAACCCAGUCUCAUCUGACUCGACAUAAGCGGGUGCACACGGGGGAAAAACCCUACAGAUGCCCCUGGUGCGACUACAGGUCCAACUGUGCUGAAAAUAUCCGCAAACACAUUCUACACACCGGCAAACACGAGGGGGUCAAGAUGUACAACUGCCCCAAGUGUGACUAUGGGACGAACGUGCCCGUGGAGUUCCGGAACCACUUGAAAGAGCAGCACCCAGACAUCGAAAACCCGGACCUGGCUUACUUGCACGCUGGCAUUGUUUCCAAGUCCUACGAAUGCCGUCUGAAGGGCCAAGGAGCCACGUUCGUGGAGACAGACAGCCCGUUCACCGCGGCCGCGCUGGCGGCCGCGUCCCCCGUCAAGGAGCGGCCCCGUAGGGACAGCACGAGGCGGGCAGCGGCCGAGCAGGUGAUCGUCAUCCAGGGCUACGGCGGGGAGUUCGCGCUCGACGCCUCCGUGGAGGAGACCGCCGCGGCCACGCUGCAGACACUGGCGCUGGCCGGCCAGGUGGCCCGGGUGGUGCACAUCACAGAAGACGGGCAGGUGAUCGCGGCCGGUCAGAGUGGCGCCCACGGGGGCGCUGUGGCCCCCGGGCCGGUCCUGCCCGAGCAGUUGGCGGACGGGGCCACCCAGGUGGUGGUCGUGGGGGGCUCGCUGGACGGCCACGGCGCGGACGGGCCCCUCAGCCCGGAAGGCGCUGUGAUACAGCAGGUGACCAAGCAGGAGAUCUUAGACCUCGCCGAGGCCGGAGUCCCCCCGCCCGACGCGGCCUCGGCCUUGGACGCCCUGCUGUGUGCGGUCACCGAGCUGGGAGGGGCGGAAGGCCGGGUCGGGCCCGACGAGAAAGGCAGGUCGGGCCACAAGGACGUGCUGGUCCAGCUGCCCGGUCAGGAGGCGCCCCCCGCCACCGCCCCGCCCGAGGCCCCCGAGAUCCACAUGUUCCAGGACGUGCGGGAGGGCGCGGCCCCCGGGGAGCCUGUGGAGGUGCUGACCCAGGUCGUGCGGCCCCCGGCCCUCACCGCCUCGCAGGAGCGCGCGCAGGUGGCCUUCAAGAAGGUGGUGCAGGGCGUGCUCCAGUUCGCCGUGUGCGACUCGGCCACGGCCGGCCAGCUCAUGAAGGAGGGCGUCACGCAGCUCAUCGUGAACGAGGAGGGCACCGUGCACAUGCUGGCCCGGGAGGGCUCCCAGAUCAUCAUGCAGGAGGCCGAGGCGCACGGCCCGCGCGUGGACCUGGCCGAGCCCGACGGCGAGAUCUCGCAGAUCAUCGUGACGGAAGAGCUGGUCCAGGCCAUGGUCCAGGAGUCGGGCGGCUUUCCCGAGGGCGCCACUCACUACAUCGUGACGGAGCUGCCGCCCGGGGUGCCGGAGGAGGCGGGCGUGUACUCACACACCCUGAUCGAGGCGGCCGACUCGCAGGGGAUCCUGCAGGCUGGUGCCGCGCUCAGCGCCGAGGCCUUGGGCCCAAAUGGAACCCAGCAGCUGACGAGUAUGGUCAUUUACACCCAAGAUGGGUCCCCGGCAGCGACUGUCAUUCAGGGCCAAAGAGAGAGUAACGAACUCCAAGAAGCGUGAGGCGCGCACGGUCCCGGGGCAGGUUGGGGAGGUCCGGGUGCAGACGUCCGCUCCCGGCCCGGGGCGGACGAGGGCGGUCCGGCCCCCGGGGCACGGUGUCCCCUGGACUUCAUUCACAGGGCCUCCGGGACGGUGACGCGGUGCUCCCGGGGCCGCCCGCCCGCUGUCCGGGCGGCUUGGCACCGGCUGCGGGGAGCGUGCACGGGGUGCGGGGGCCGCCACCGCUGGGAAGGCCCCCGGGUGGGACAGGGUGCAGCGGGGCAGACCCCCGGGCCGGCCAGCCUGUCUCCUGCUGGCUCUUUUGUGACUGGUCGCUUCCCUCCGUUCUGUGCUCCGUGCUGUGCUCCGUGCUGAGGAGAAGCCACGUGUUUUAAUGUUUCCACCCCCACCGAGUGUUUUCCCGUUUCGGUUAUCAAAGGACUGUGGCUCGCGGCGGAAAAGUCCGAGCAGCGUCUCCUGCGGCCUGAGACAUGCCUGUUGUUCCGGUCCAGCAUGUCGCCGUUUUAACGUUUUAGUAUAUAUUUGCUUCAGAAUUGCAGCUACAGGUAUUACCGUCUUGCAGCAGGCCACCCCUGUUCAUUUCCCUGAAAUCUUGGGAUCGCGGGGUCCCCAGACCAAAGGAAGACCUAUUCAUCUCAUGCGUCCUCUCCCCAGACAUCGUGGGGGCGUCCCUCGCUCUGGUUGCACUCUGCUUAAGAGAAGCCUUCUUCAGCCGGUGGUGAAGAACAGCCUUGACGUUUCUAUUUGACGAAAAUCUACCUUGGUUUAGACAACCCAGCGCUUCUAACUUUGACUUCGUUUCAUACAAUAAAGUCUAUAUAUGAAAUGCGUACUCUGGAAAAUAUUGUUCAUACCAAUAUUUUGCUUUUGUAACAGAUGUCUGUUCAUACUGAUCCCACUUUUGCAGGAUUCAUUUGUGACUUCUGUCCGUGUGAAGGAGCUGACAUUAAACAUUAGUACUAGAGAGCCGUGCUCCCGCAGCCCCGGGCCUGACCGGCGUCGUCCGUGUUUAGUCGUGGGCUCCCUGCAGCUGUCGGAAGGCAGCUCUAUGUUCUAGUAACUCACUUCUUGAUCCAGCCCUCUUCUUCCUUUCCCAGAAGUGUAAAACCAGUUCCCCUCCCCCGAACGCAAAGGUUGUUCUUGUUCUAUUUGUUUUUUCCUUUGAAAUAAAAUUACAGCAUUAAA